AUGGCUACCGGAAAAGGAUCUGGCUCAAAGUUAAACCGUCUUCAAUUUAAACAAAAACUUGUAACAUCGUCGGCAAAACCAAUUACUACACAAGAGUUGCUAAAACGUCUAAAGAAUUUAUUUGGGGAAAUUUCCAAAACGGAUCAAGAAGAGAUUGAAACUGAUUCUUUAAAGACUGUGACUCGUGAACUUAUACAUAAUACUCUACUCUCCCAUAAAGAUAAAGGUGUGAAAGCUUACGUCGCUUGUUGUAUAUCUGAUCUUUUAAGACUUUACGCGCCGGAUGCUCCAUAUACUGAUAAGGAACUAAGGGUAACAUAUGCUGAAGCAACGAGCUCUUUAAGAAAAAAAAAAACUGCAUUUUGGUUAAUAUAA